ACCAACACAUUAUAUUUGUUUACGCCCAGCACAUCGUGAAGUCAACAAGUCAGCUCUCUCGUUUAUGCAUUUGUUUUAAUAGUUAUUAUCUUUCCUGAGGAAAUUAUAAUCUACUAAAUCCUGAUGGGUUCUACGGUACAUAUUGUAUCGACAACGGCGUUGAUUUUCGUCACUCUAUUAGACUUUAUAUGUUCGGUAACUGCUGAAAUAUGUCCUUCUGGAAUAGAAUGUGAUUACAAUGAGCAUUGUUGUGAGGAUGGUUGCUGCGCAGGUGAAAAUAAUUAUGGAUAUGCUUACGGCUAUGGAUUCUACAACCUGUGGUAUUUCUGGUUUGUGAUCAUCAUGGUUAUGAUGACUUGCUGCGGAGCCUGCAGCUACGUCAAGAAGCGACAGUAUUACAUGAGACAGCAAGAGGGUUUGGCACGGUCCGCUCACCUAACCGGGACCCAAGUUCAUCAUCCUCCUACCACGUAUGGUGUCCAUCCAAGCAACUUGGCAACACCAGUAGGCGCCUUCCCUGGUCCUCCAGCUUACAAUGAGGUUACGGGUAAGCCAGAUCAGUUCCCCAAGGCAGACUACGGGUACCCCAACUAUGGUUUUGCAGCUCCGCCUUACUCCCCUCACGAAGCCAGCAUGCCACCUCAGUCAACCGCCCCAGCACCCGACGGCACCAUUCCAGUCCAUACAACUACCGCCGACGGUACCAUCCCGGUGCAGUAUCCCCCCUCGGCUGCCAUGCCAUACCCUCCCUCCGCUGCUAUGGCGUACCCUCCACCCCACGCAGGGGCACCGACAGCGGCCACGCCCGAUUCAGUGCCUACCACCGCCCCACCCCCAUACACCCCAUCUGUCACCAGCCCACCUGUACUGUCCACAGACCAGUCUAACCUUGUAGCAUGAAUAGCGCAUCAAACCCUUGAGAUAUAAUAAAACCAUGGAUUACUGUUCAACCAGAAACUUUCACAUCUGUAGUCAAUAUAAAAUAUUUGAAAAACAAGUCGGAAAAUGUAAAAAAACAGCUCAGAAAAUAUAUUUUUAGACCUUUUUCAACUCUGAAUAUAUUUUCAUCGACCAGUUAUCUUUUAUCCCAAACCUGUGUCCUCAAAAUAUGUUAUUGUUCUAUUUUAUUUUUUUCCCCAUAAGAAAAGAGGAGAAAAAUAGG